AUGAAAGAGUCGGAUCAGACGCUAAAAACAAAGGCAGAGGAGGAGAGUGGGGAGGAACGGGAGAUGUGGAAGAACAUGCAGUGGGUCAAAAAAAAGAAUCAAAGGAAAAGGAUGGCAAUCCAGAUGGGAGGGUUCCAUAAAAGAUGUGUGGCUAUUGAAGAAAAAAGAAAAGAUACAAAAACAAAACAAAAAAGAAAGGUACCCACAUCUGUUCCACCUCCGACCAAAGUGCAAAGCAUCAAUGGCUUCAGUGCCCAGGUGAGCUGGGCGUCACCCACUGAUGACAUCAGAGGCUUGAUUGACAGAUAUGAGCUGAAGGCAUACGAGAAGGAUCAUCCAGAAGUGCCACCGAUCAAAGCCAUAUACCUUGCAAAUGGAAAUUUCACUGGUGUGGUGACGGGUCUCACUCCAUCCACCCAAUACAUUGUCACUGUGAGUGCUUGUAGUCCGGCAGGCUGCGCUGAGAGUCUAAUUAAUGACAGGGGUGAUAAUAAUUUGAGAUCCAGCCUCACAACCCCAGAGGAAGUUCCCGAUGCCGUCUCCACUCCAUCUGUUGUCUCUUCCCCCUCGUCUCUCUCUGUCACCUGGGGACCUCCAGCAAGGCCAAAUGGGGGCAUUACAGAGUACCUCCUGUAUCACAAUAACCGAAUGGUCUACAGAGGGAAAAGCCAACAACAUAACAUCACUGGUCUUGAUGUGUACUCCACCCACUUGUUGGUACUGAGUGCAUGCACCUCAGUGGGUUGUACAAACAGUUCACGAGCCACUGCUCUGACCUCUCAGCUUCCUCCCGGACCCCUACAACCACCAACUCUUACCCUUCUCGACUCUAGGACUAUAUUUGUUGAGUAAGUACACAAACAUGUACCAUGCUGUGUACAUAGAAAUACACAUACUGUUACAGAGGUCAGUUGAUAAUACUUAGCAUUUAUGUAACAUGCAUACAGUUUA